ACGAUGUUGAUCCGUCCGAUGUACGGAAACAGAGCGGAGAGUUCGGAAGCGCAUUUGGGAAAACUUGCGAAGGGAAAGCGGAAUGGGAGAAGAAGAGAUGGAUGGAAGCUUUGACAUAUGUUGCAACCAUUGCCGGAGAGCACUCUCUAAACUGGUUUGUAGUUUUAUUUGUAUUUGUAUUUGAAUGCAAUAUUGCUUUUAUCUUUCUUAAGAAUGCUUCAAUGGUGGUGUCUCUUUAAAUUUAGACUCGCUACUUUUGUUAGGAAGAAUGAAGCUAAGAUGAUCGAAAAGAUUGCUGCUGAUGUUUCAAACGAACUGAAUGUCACACCAUCAAAGGAUUUUGACGGGAUGGUGGGAAUGGAAGCUCACUUGAGAAAAAUAAACUCUUAUAUACGCCUAGAAAGCGAUGAAGUGAAGAUGAUUGGGAUUCAUGGUCCUGGAGGAAUUGGUAAAACAACCAUUGCUAGAGCUUUGUUCAACCAGCUCUCCGUUGAUUUUCAACUUAAAUGCUUUUUUGGGAACCUCAAGGGAAGUUAUGGGAGUGAUGGUAUUGUUGACCAUGAUUCAAAGUUGUGUUUACAAAGCCAAAUUCUUUCCAAGGUUUUGAAGCAAAAGGAUUUGAAGAUACAUCAUUUAGGCGCAAUAAAAGAAAGGCUACAAGACCAAAGAGUCCUUAUAGUUCUUGAUGAUGUAGAUGAUCUUGAACAACUAGAAGCCUUGGCUAAAGAACCAUCUUGGUUUGGUGCAGGAAGUCGUAUCGUUGUUACCACUGAAGAUAGAAAGAUAUUGAAGGCACAUUGGGUAAAAAAUAUCUACCAUGUGGCUUAUCCAUCUGGAAAAGAAGCUCUUGAGAUCUUAUGUCUAUCAGCUUUCAAGCAAAGUUCUCCGCGGGAUGGUUAUAAAGAUCUAGCAAAAAAAGUAGCAUAUCUUUGCGGUAAUCUUCCGUUAGGUCUUCAUGUUGUGGGUUUAUCUUUGCGUGGGGAUAGCAAGCAUGAGUGGGAAAAUCAAUUGUCUAAGCUUAAAUCUAGUCUUGAUAGAAAAAUUGGGGACGUGCUAAAAGUGGGAUACGACAGACUAUCGGAUACAGAUCAAUCUUUAUUUCUCCACAUUGCAUUCUUCUUCAACAAUCAAGCUGUUGACCAUGUGACAACCAUGCUAGCUGAUGGUAACUUGGAUGUCAAAAACGGGUUAAAGACCCUUGUGGAUAGAUCUCUCGUGUAUGUAUCGACCAGUGGGUGUAUAACGAUGCAUUGUUUACUUCAACAAUUGGGCAGGAAAAUAGUUCAUAAACAGUCUGACGACCCAGGGAAACGUCAGUUUUUGGAAGAGGCCUUCGAGAUUCAUAAUGUGCUGGCAAAUAAUACAGGUACUGGAUCUGUCUUAGGUAUAUCAUUUGAUUCGUCCAAGAUGAACGAGGUCUCUAUAAGUAAGCGAGCCUUUGAAGGAAUGCACAAUCUCCAAUUCCUAAGAAUCUAUGGUAGAUAUAUUAAUGCAUUGCAGAUAUCGGAAGACAUGGAAUAUUUACCUCGUCUAAGGUUACUACAAUGGAAUGCAUACCCGAGAAAAAGUCUUCCUCCGGCAUUUCAGCUAGAACGUCUAGUCGAACUCCAUAUGCCAAUGAGCAACCUUGAAAGGCUCUGGGGAGGAAUCCAGCCCCUUACAAAUCUCAAGGAUAUAAAUUUGGGAUAUUCCAAAAAUUUGAUAGAAAUCCCGGAUCUUUCAAAGGCUACUAAUCUUGAGACAUUGACACUUACGUCUUGUUCAAGUUUGGUGGAGCUUACUUCCUCUAUAAGGAAUCUACACAAACUGAAAAAGUUGAUGAUGAUGGGGUGCGUAAAGUUACAAGUUAUUCCAACCAACAUCAACUUAGCAUCUCUUGAGGAAGUCAACAUGAGUGAUUGCUCAGGAUUGAGAAGUUACCCAGAUAUUUCUAUUAAUAUCAAGGAUCUCGAUGUUGAAAACACACAUAUGGAAGCUCAUCCAUCAAUUGGUGAUUGUUUGCCUCUUCUGGAGUGGCUUCGUAUAGGUGGCAUAAACCUCAAGAGAUUAACACAUGUCCCGGAAAGUGUAACACAUCUAGACCUAAGCAACAGUGGUCUAGAGAAGCUACCAUAUUGCAUUAUAGGUCUCUCUCGAUUAGAAAGUCUUUUCGUCUACCGGUGCAGAAAACUUGUGUCACUACUGGGUCUUCCUCGUUCUCUGAAGUACAUAAAUGCAAAUGAUUGUGAAUCACUCGAGAGAGUGAGUUUUGUUUUCAGUGAUUCACUGAGGGAAAUCGAGUUCCAGAAUUGUUUGAAAUUGGAUGAAGAAUCAAGAAGAGUAAUCAUGCAAGAAAAGGUUUACGACAGUAUAUGUUUACCGGGUAAUGAAGUUCCUGCGGAGUUCAUUCACAAAGCUACAGGAAACUCCAUAAUCAUUCCUAUGGAUGUGGAUGGUAAUGCAAGUUUCUCUAUAUACUCAAGGUUGGGAUUCAAGGCGUGUCUUCUGCUUUCGCCAAUCAAGUACUCACAUCUUGAUAUAGCUUGCCUAAUAACCAAAGGAGGUGUCACCAUUAGGAAACUUAAGUGGGAUUCAAUUAAUGUUUCUCAUUUUUUGACGGAGCACUUGUUUAUAUGUGGUGGUAACUUGGUUCCAGGAAGACCUAGCCUGGAUGGGACUGCAAACGACAUUCUGUUCGAAUUUAGCUGCAGAGAUAGCUUCAAGAUUAUUGAGUGCGGUUUACAGAUCUUGAGUGGGGAAACAGUGUGGACUGGAGGCAGCAGAGACCACCACACAUAUGGAGAUGGAAACUAUGAACCUGAAGCUGUUCAGGUAUCUCAACGUGAAAAAGUUCAGAGCAGUAAAUAUAAAUGUUGUUGGAGUUGGCUUGAGAAGCUUUGCUCUGGAAAAGAAGAUGAAGAACAUGAUGAUUUCUUUGAAUUUUCUGAUUUCUUGGAAUAUUAUGAAUUCGAAGAAAUUACUGACACAACGACCGGAUCGACCCCCAUUAUGACUCGGCGAAGAAUUUAUUACUAGAACUUAUCCAGAUGUUUGCUUUCAUGUUUAUAUACCUAAAAGUUUUUUUUUUCUACAUCCCUUAAUUAGUAAAUAUUCUUAACAUCUAUAUAUAUAAAACUAGGGUCAGCCCGCCCUACGGGCAGGAUCUCAUAUUUAAUUUUUGAUAUUUUCAAAUAUAUAUUUAUAAUAAUAUAUUUUUUUAUAUUUUUAAAUAUAUAUUUUUAAUUAUACUAAUGGUAUUAUUUUACUGGUUGUACUGAUUAUAAUUUGCAAGAAAUACCUAAAGGUUGAAUUCCAUACUUUCGUGCAUGGACAGUGGAGCACGCUAACUUUAAUAUAUGAUUUCCGAACUUGUAUUUUGGGUAAUUAAGGCCAAGUUUAAUAUUGUGUUUCUAACAAAAUACUAUACUGGUGGUCUCUUUUAUCUGUCUGAGGGGAUUAGUAUACAUCAUGAUGAAACUAUAACUUCCGUUUACUUCCGAACGGUAAAUGUAUUGUUAAUAUUCUAAGCCCAAGAGUCAUUGUUUUAUUAUUAUGGAUUAUUAGUAGCCCAAAUGGCUGAACUAUUAACUUGUGCCACAAGUUUUGAGUUACUGAUAAUUAUGUAAUUAUGUAAAUGUAAGAUUAACUUUUAUGAUAUUGUAGCAUUUUAAUAUGAAUAAUUAAAUGUGCAUAUGUAAAGCAGGAUUAGAAUAUAGUUUAAUAGAUAUGGAAUUAGCAGCUAUCAGAAUUUAUUUAAAGUAAACAUGAAACAAUGCAUACAAUGCAGGAAAAAGGAAAAAAAAGAA